AUGAAAUGUUAAAAUGUUCGCCUCCUCCAAGUAAAGCACUGUCUCCCCAUGCUCCUGUUAUUCAUGUUAUGAAGGUUAAACCUAACAAGGUGAAUUUGAUAAUUGGUUCUGGCGGAAGGACAAUAAAAAGCAUACUCGAGGAGACUGGAGUAUAUGCCAUUGAUGCUCGAGAUGAUGGCACGGUAAAAAUUACUGCAAGGGACAUGGAAAGCUUAGAGAAGUCGAAAAAUAUAAUAACUAAUCUUACCAUGGUUCCAAAAGUUGGAGAAAUUUUCAGGAACUGUGAGAUCAAAACAAUUGCUCCCUAUGGAGCUUUUGUUGAAAUUGCACCAGGGCGUGAGGGUUUAUGUCAUAUCAGCGAGUUAAGUUCAAGUUGGUUGGCCAAGGCUGAGGAUGCUUAUAAAGUUGGUGAUCGCAUUGAUGUCAAGCUUAUUGAGAUAAAUGACAAGGGUCAACUUCGACUAAGUUGCAAAGCGUUGCUUCCUGAUGCAAACCAAGAACCUGGCAGCAUCAAGCAGCAAACGAGCAGUUCAGUGAAAGAAAAGGUAGUAUACAAAGAUGAUAUCAUUAAGAUGACAACUAGAAGGUCCAAACGUAAGAAAGAAGUUGAGCCGUCUGCAGCUGAAAAUGCCACACCAAAGACCCUUGAAAACAGCACAGCUGACAGUCCUUAAGCAUUUGGACUCACAAAGACAGUGAAAGAAACAGGGUGACACAAGCAACAUGGCGCUUCAUCACACUAAUUGCCUGAGAAGACUAGGAUUGCAACUACAAUAUCCACUGACUGCAUUACUGGAACUACAUGACAUGGCUUGCAGCCCAAAUUGCCCACUUGCCCCCUUGAGAUUGGACACCUACAGAAGAUCUGUUCAAAUCUUUGUGCUCGAUCAUGCUCCAAAUGGAGUAGAUGCGAAAUCUCACCUGGUUUAUGUUGCUGCUUUAGCAUGCAACUAUUUUGGUUGUGUUCCCAUAUGCACAUCCUGCAUUUUGUCUAGUGCAACAAGGAGUGCCUACUAUGGCUUUGCUACAUUGCUUUAACAUGGUCUAGCUAUACCCGUGCGUUGCCACUGAACAACAAGCAAAUGUGCGUCAUUGUUUUAUUUUGUCAGAUAAACGUGUGUUUUGUUUUCACCGUGUAGCUAUAAACAUGAGCCUACUUCUUUCGCUUC